AUGGCCUUCUUCAACGCCGACUGGCAGCCCAGCACGGCGUGGCUCCUCGCAAGCGCGAGCGCCCUCCUCAUCCUCGCCUACCUCAUCUCGACCGUCCGCUCAUGGCACCGCCUCCGGCAGAUUCCCGGCCCCUUCCUCGCCUCGAUCUCCUACCUCUGGCUAGCGCGCGUCGCGCGCAGCGGCCGCCAGUUCUGGACCUACCGCGCCAUGGCCGAGCGCUACGGGCCGCGCCACCUGAUCCGCGUGGGGCCGAACGAGCUGUCGACGUCGGACCCGGACGUCAUCCGGCACAUGUCGGGCGCGCGCAGCGCCUACGCCCGCGACCCGUGGUACCUCGCCGCGCGCUUCGACCCGUACCACGACAACGUGUUCACGCUGCUCGAGGCGGCGCCGCACGACCGCUUCAAGGCGCGCAUCGCGGGCGCCUAUGGGGGCCGCGAGACCCCCGUGCUGGAGACCGGGAUUGAUGACCAGAUUCGCGCGCUGGUGAAUCUGCUGGCGCGGAAGUAUGCGGGUGACGUAGGGCCGGGGAAGCAGCGGCUGGUGGAGUUUGCGGAGCUGGCGUCGUACUUCUCUAUGGAUGUUAUUACCCGCUCGGCGUUUGGUGAGGAGUUCGGAUACCUCAAGACGGACUCUGAUAUCUAUGGGUUCCUGGCCGGCGUGAGGGAGACUUGGCCUGGACUGGCGGUUGCCCUCGAUCUGCCGUGGAUGCGCAAGGUCUUGUUCUCCAAGACGUACUUGCGGUAUCUUGGCCCGAAGACAACGGAUACUGGCGGGUUGGGGAAGCUGAUGGGGGUCGCCGAAGAGGUUGUCACGAAGCGCUUUGCGACUGAUGCUGAGAAGCAGCAGGAUAUGCUCGGGUCGUUCAUCUCCCAUGGCCUCAGUCGGCAAGAAUGCGCGACUGAGGCUCUCUUCAUGAUCAUCGCAGGUUUUGAGAACACUUCAACCGUCAUUCGCACGACGAUGCUGUAUUUAAUGGGCUCGCCGGGUGUGUAUCAGCGGUUCAAGGAAGUGGUCAGGGAGACGGUGCGCAGUGGCAACGCAUCCAGCCCUAUCACGUAUGAAGAGGCGAAGAAGAUCCCUUACCUACAGGCCCUCAUUUUCGAGGGACUCCGCAUGCGUCCUCCAGCCCCAGGCCUAUACCCCAAAUCGGUACCACCAGAGGGCGACAUGAUCCACGGCAAGUUCAUACCCGGUGGGACGGCAAUCGGCAUGAACACGGCAGCCCUGGUGCGAUCAACAGAGCUCUUCGGCGAGGACGCCGACCUCUUCCGCCCCGAACGGUUCUUGGAAGCCGACGAGGCCACGCGGGCCGAGAUGGAGCGAAAUGUCGAGCUAGUCUUCGGAUACGGACGUUGGAUGUGUGCCGGGAAGCCGGUGGCGUUCAUGGAGUUGAACAAGGUGUUCUUCGAGCUGAUGCGGGCAUUCGACUUCCAGCUUGCGGACCCGAUGAAGCCUUGGGAUUGCCGGAGUUUCAGCCAGUUUAUCGAUGAGAAUAUGUGGGUGCGAGUGGCGAAGUCGUAUAUGGCAUAA